GUAUACAGAUGUCUCUGGGAUGGUGCGAACUUUAAAGAAAACAGUCUUUUAUCAAAUGAGUGUGCAGUUUCAUUAAUUCUGUACAUAGAUGAUUUUGAGGUUUGUAAUCCCCUUGGGACUUCGCGCAAAAUACAUAAAAUCUGUGCCAUAUACUGGAUUUUAGGCAAUCUUCCACCUGGUUCACACUCUUCAUUGUCAUCAAUCUACUUGGCUGCAUUGAUCAAAAGUGAUGAUGUAAAGUUGUAUGGAUACAAGGCAGUUCUUGAACCUUUGAUUAAUGACAUCAUUAUUUUAGAGCAACAUGGAAUAUUUGUGGCCAAGUUAGGAAAAUCUGUAAAGGGAACAGUGCAAUGUGUUGCUGCUGACAACCUAGGUGCUCAUAGUCUUGCUGGUUUUGUGGAGAGUUUUUCGAGUGCUUAUGUUUGUAGGUUUUGUACAGCUCGGAAAUUAGAUUUUCAAACGAGGGACGUAGGAAGUGGAGCAUUCUCUUUGAGGACAGAGGAGGGUCACGCAAGACAUCUUAAAACACUUGAGGAAGAAUCAUUGGCCAAUUGUUUUGGUGUUAAGAGGAGGUGUGUUUUGUCGGAAAAACUUGCUCAUUUUAAUGUCACAACUGGCUUUCCUCCAGACAUCGUUCAUGAUCUAUUUGAAGGAAUUGUUCCUCGUGAAAUAGCUCUUUGUCUCUCUGUGUUCACCUCGAAGAAGUACUUUACUUUGGAAUUUUUGAAUGACUCUAUAAAAACGUUCCCCUUCAAGUGGACAGAUAAAACAAACUGUCCCCAUCCUGUGCCUCUUACCUAUGCAACAAGGAGAACAGUUGGUGGCAAUUCUCACGAGAAUUGGAGUUUGAUCAGGUUUUUGCCGCUCCUCCUGGGACAGAAGUGCCUGCUGAUGAACCUGCCUGGAAUCUCCUCACUGACUUGAAGGACAUAGUUGACCUUGUUGUCACACCGGUGCACACUGACGAAACGAUAGCUUAUUUGAAUUUCAAAAUCUCUGAGCAUAGAGUACGGUUUAAGGAGGUUUUCCCAGACUCCAACUUGCUUCCUAAGCAUCACUUCUUGGAACACUACCCACAGCUAAUCUAUCAGUUUGGUCCUCUAGUUUCUCUCUGGACUUUAAGAUUUGAAGCCAAGCAUAGCUUUUUUAAGAGAGUUGUAGACACACUAGCUGCUUUAAAAACUUGUUGUUGUCCUUGGCAGAGAGACACCAGUUAUCCAUGGCACACCAGCUCUACUCAUGUAGAUUUCCUAAGCCUCUACUGGAAGUGAAAAAGUUCUCAACUGUUAGCAUUGACGUCCUGAAAGAUGAUAUUGCACAGGCUGUCAAACACAAGAACCCAAAUGUGAAGGAAGUUUCUUUGGCCGAAAAUGUCAUCUAUAACAGAUUUAACUACAGACUUGGAAUGAUCCUUGCUCGUGGAUCAAUCAGAGGGAUGCCUGCAUUCACGGAAAUCAUCCAGAUGGUGGUUCUCAAAAAGGAAUUGGUCUUCAUUGUUCGGAAACUAAGCUCUUGGUACAUGGAACACUACAGAGCCUAUCAACUCGAAAUCUCGCCUUCAAAGGAGAUUGAAGUUUUUGAGGCAUCUCAACUGACCGAUCCUUACCCCCUAGCAGACUACACAGUUGGGGCCAUGCGGCUUAUUACACUCAAGCGAUAUAUUCAAGGUUAAGAGGAUCUCCAAACAUGGCGGGCGUCACGCGGCUCCUGGUGAUUUUAGAAGAGGACAGUCGCAUCAAGCUGGAGCUUCCUAAUGGCAUCCCCUCCUCGGUUGACAAAGUCAUCCAAGAAAUAACGAAUUCCUGUGGUCUAACUAAUGAAAUACGGCUUCAAUACAAUGACCCUGAUUUCGGCACUUGGGUUAACUUAACUUCAACUUCAGAACUCAAGGAUCUUGCCACUUUGAAAGUUAUUAAUGUAGUACCCAGUGUGACUUUAUUCUUAGAGCCAGUGGAUAAGGCUAAUUUUCAACGCCAAGAUGAUUCCAGUAUGUCUUCAUCUGCAUGCUCGGGUGACACAUUACCCGUAAGCAGCCCUUCUUCGGACACCUACAGAAAGGAGCAGUGGCCCAAGGUGUUCCUCAUCCCUACUUUCUCUCAUUCAACAGAAACACAACUUAGGGAUGGAAAUGCAGAGUACCAGAGAAGCCAGGUUACUCACUCCCAGCUCUAAAAUGCUUUCCAACAUACUGGAAACGCUCGCUGACAAAGUCUAUUCAUACAAAUCCUAUCCUAGCGAUGCAGACUUCAGUGAAGUGGCAGAGGCACUCACACAGACAUACCCCUGUCUGAAAGAACCUGGGUCCUUCAACCACAGUUACGGAUGGAAACAGAGACUCAAGACGAAGAUGUACAACUAUCGCACAUACCUGAAAUCACACAGUUCAUCAUCUGACGAGCUGACUGUGAAUACUCUGAAAAGAAAGUUGCUGACGGAUGCCCACCCAGCAAAGAACAUAAAGAAACCUAGGCGAGCUGAGUCUAACCAUUACCCAUCUCUGCCUUUCAACGAGACACCAGAGUCCAUGGAGCAAGAGAGAGUGGCCCUCUUGUCUGAGGUAAAGAAAAGGAACAAUGUCCAAACAAUAAGACAGAAGAUGGCUCGGACGUUCGCAUUUCAGAGGCAAGAAAUUGUCGACAAGAAAACAUCUUUGCACGAAAUGAUCGAGAGAUGGCCAGCACUCUUCGAAGUUCAAGAGGUGAAUGAAGAAUUCAUCAGAGUAACCACAAUACCCCUUGAAGCAAGGUUCAUGCAGAAACUUGACGAGAAGUGCAGUGAACUGAUUCAAGUCGUCAGAAAGAAGGGUGGAGCUAUCCGGGAGAAGACAAAGCUCCUGCCAUUUGUGGAAACGGAUACUGACAUCACUACAAAGAGGGAGAUUGCUCUCAAAUGUCUCAUCCUCAACAUGGGAGAAUCGGUGGAGGACCUGAUCAAAGAAUUCCUGAUUCUUUUUUCCUAAAUUAUUUUCCAGGUGUCGGAGAAGGAUGAGGCUGGACAAAUUCUUCAGCGGGAAACCAUCGCAAUCUUCGUCAUCAGAGAUGCACAAGCCGCAACCGAAGACAUUGGCAUCAUUCUUGAGGGAUAAGAGGUUGUGAAUAAGUUGGCGUCUGUUGCAAAUGCUGUCGCCAUUCUCCUGGGCUUCCUUUAUGCUCUCAAUCUGGAAUAUCCCAAGACAUUAAAAUUGACAUUUGAAUAUAUCCAGAAAGUCUUCAUGGAGCUGGACCCGAAAGGCAUGGCCACCAAGGUCAAGAAGCUCUAUGACCAGCUCUACAAUAGAGCUUAGUUCAGGUUUCCUACACGUCCAAGUUUUCCAGUAAUGGAAAAUGAUAAAGACAAUAACAAGUCACAGAAAACGUAUGUGACUGUCCUGGAGAAUGAAAAGGUUACACACCUGUUGUGUGGCUAGUUAUGGUUCGUCAUUCUGAAGUUCAACUGUUUGAAAAUAUAAAAACUGUCAUAGCAAUUACCCUGUGGCACUGAUGGGCUCUGCUCUGGCUGGUAGAGUACGCAAGUUGCGUACGCAUUUGGUUUCAAAGGUCAAUAUGUUUGGCUGCCAGCUCUUCAAAGUUCCAAUCUGACCCUUGAGAAGCUUGACUGUUUUCUGGCAAGAAUUAUUUUUCAUUUUUAUGCCUUUAGGCAUACAACUGCGGUACAGUUUUUCUAUGUAUUUUAAAUUGUUACAUUUUAUUUGAACAAUGCAGAUACCCUGUAAAUAUGUUUGUUUUAUAAGUAAUA